UUUCCUGCUUGGUUGCCAUAGAAACGUCACAGUCGUUGUUUUUUUUCUGGCUAUCUUGAUUUGAUUCUCAAUUUUUCCUUCCAGGUCUAAUCUAUUACGUAUACGUAGAAACGAAAUGGCUGACAAUAGCAAACUGAGUGCAAGUUCUGAAUAUCAGUCUGAUGUUUCUACCGAGUUGAAUGUAAGUGCCAGUCUCAGUAAUAAUGAAAGUUCAGGCAGCAACGUUCGCGAUUCAGUUACCAGUAUUACCACAGCUAAUGCCCAGUCCAGCACCCCCGAUUUAAAAAACGUUCAAGACCUUACUCGCUACGUUGAACUUCUUUUACAGCAAAUGCAAGAAAGAUUUCAGAAUAUCUCGGAUCAAGUGCUUUCGAGAAUUGAUGAUAUGGGAAACCGUAUUGAUGAUUUAGAGAGGAACAUUGCAGAUCUUGUCACCCAAUCUGGAGUUGAAGGACCACCAAAAUAGAAGGCCACAUUAAUUCAAAAACAUUAUGGAUUCUUUGCACAUUAAUCAUUAGUCGCACCAUGUAAGCAAUUCCAUAUUUCAGAAUCUGCUUAUCCCAUAAACUUUUAUUCUUCCAUUCUCAAGACACAGCAUGUUAAUUACCAUUCUGCAGACAUUGUGUAAUGAAGUGUUCUAAGGAAAGGUAUGAAUGGUACUCAAUCAUCUUCUUAAUACCAGCCUGAGGAUAUGUCUGAAAUUCCAAUAAAGAUGAGAUUAUAAACACCAGACAA